AUGACGGAAGUGGCCCAGCCGACGGAAGUCGUCAGCGCCGAACAGAACAAGGCGCCGAUUCCAACGCCCUCUGACGUCAGCGAGGCCCAACACAAGACUGCGCCGCAGACGCAAGAACAACAACAACAACAGCAGCAGCAGCAGCAGCAGCCGGCCAACAACGGUGACGUCACACAGGCCGAGCCCUCAGAGUCUCCAGGUCCCAGCAACGGCACAGGUUGGAACUCCGCUCGAAGUCUUGGAGGCCGGGACGGCUGCGGCGAGAUACGAUCUGAGGCAAUUAGAACAAUGCCUCGUUCGGGUGCUCCCACGGCAGAUACCAUCUGCACGGCGGCGCCGAAAAUUUAG